AUGCAACACCAGAUAGCAGAUAAACGACGGGUCUACCUCGCGUGCAGAGCCAUCUUCGCCGGCGACAAAGCGCAGUUGCGACGACCAAAGAAAGUGCGCGAAGAGAUCGUGAAGCGGCCAUGGGCACUGGGGUCACUAACACACGACCUCGGCAUAGAGAAGGUAGUCGAGAUCCUUCGCGACCUGUUGGAAAGACGGGUGUUCGAGUCGGAACUCAAGGCCAAGGUCGAGUUUCCCGAACUAUUCCACUCCUCGCUAGAUCAGGAGGUGCAGCGUGAAGCAUCCGAGAUCGAUGCGGCGAGGUCGGCAGCCGAGGCGCUUGAGGAGAUUGCCAGCGCGGAACAUGUCGACGGAGAGAGCGAAGAUGAGUUUGGAGAGGAUACUAAGAACGAGACUAGUGAGGUGCUCUGCAUGGAAAGGGACAAGAUACUGUUUGUUGCUAAGACAGGCUUCUUAGGCGUUGAACAGACAGCCCCGAAACACACGGUAGUUCUGCCUUCGCUGUAUCCAACGUAUAUCCCGUACAAGACACAGCACCUUAUCUUAAACGAAACCCAACGCAUACUUGAAGAAAGCUGCUUUGAAUUUGUACAGAAAUGGCUACCAACAGUCCUCUCCGGAAAGGAAUGGGACUGCGCCAGCUCGAUGGAAUUAACUGGGUGGACUAGGCUUCUAGCUAAGAAGGCGGAUAAGAUACCACAGGAGGCAUUGAAUUCUGGGGGGACGCCACUGGCAGAGGUGCUCUUCGCGACGAAUAAACUAAGGCACAGCGCUGUCCAUAGGCUCUCGACAUCGGCUCGUGGAAUUCAGGAUUUGGUCAAGUCGGCAGUGACGCUCGCAUUUACACUCGGCGAUCAUAAACGUGCGAGCCAAUUAGAAGAGAUGUGCUACGAGCUGGAUAGUAAGAUAAAGGCGAUGGAACUAAAUAAGAACGCAUUGGAAAAUUCCGCCAUGGCUGGCAUCGAGGAUAUUCAACGAUUGCGGGCGGAGUUGGAUCAGAAGGAGAAAGAUACGAUCAUUGACAUGGUAAAGAGCGAUCAGGAGAAUAAGAGGGUCAUCGGAAAUCUAUUAGAGGAUUCGGUGAGUAGGAUUUUGGAGGGGAAGAGCGAGAGUGACGACGAGGUUAAUAAGGCGGAGCAGAUCAAGGAGGAAAUGCGCAAUCAAUAUCAACCCCAGCAUCAACCCCAGCAUCAAGAUCAACAACAAGAUCAACACGACACUCUCAAAUACCAUCUCUUAGGUCCGUCUCUCACCAAGGCCGGUCAAGACUCUGUCGACCAAUCCAAGGUUUCCGAUAUUAUUUACAAUGCGUCCAAAGGGUCCAAGUAUUUCAAUCAUGAAGAGGUCAAGGACAAGGUCUUGACGCAAAAAAUCAGUCAAAUUUUAGAAAAGAAGCGUCGCUUAGAGAAACUCGAUCUAACCCGCGAGCUUCGAAUGGCCGAUCAAUUCAUAACACAACUCGAGGUCACCCGUGACUUAACCCAAUAUAUUGUUCACGUCGACUGUGAUGCCUUCUAUGCCGCUGUCGAGCAGCUCGACCGACCCGAGCUCAAGGACGUCCCUUUCGCCGUUGGAGGCGGUGUGUUGACUACUUGCAAUUACGUCGCACGCAAAUUUGGCUGUCGAAGUGGCAUGGCUGGCUUCGUCGCCAAAAAGCUCUGUCCUGAUCUGCUCCUCCUUCCUCUCAACUUCGAGAAAUAUACCUCUAAAGCUCAGGAGGUUCGACAGGUUUUGGCAAAAUACGACCCAAGAUUCGAGAGUGCGAGCAUAGAUGAGGCAUAUCUCAACAUUACCGAAUACUGCGCCGAGAGCAAUUUGACGCCCGGGGACGUUGUUCAGCAGAUGCGGGAUGAGAUCCAUGACAAAACUAGGAUCACAGUAUCUGCAGGUAUUGCCGCGAAUGCGAAGCUCGCUAAAAUAUGUUCCAACAUGAACAAGCCUAAUGGUCAAUAUAUCCUACCCAGCGAUCGUAACGCUGUAAUGACUUUCAUGCGAGAUCUGCCGACUAGGAAGGUGAACGGAAUCGGACGGGUCUUGGAGCGUGAGCUUCAGGAGAUAGGUAUCAAAACGUGCGGUGAUAUUUAUCCACACCGUCAGCUCUUGCUUUUUGGCGACAAAACAAACGAAUUUCUGCUCAUGUGCUAUCUAGGCUUAGGCAGAACUGACGUGCAACCCGCGGAGGAAUAUGAGCGGAAGAGUGUCGGAACUGAGAGUACAUUCCGAGACAUGUGUAGCCCAGCACAGUUCAGAGAAAAACUACGGUGGACAGCCGACGAAUUAGAGAAAGAUAUGCGGAGAGCCGAGUGUAAAGGCCGAACUCUUGUCUUAAAGGUGAAGCUGCAUACAUACGAGGUCUUAACAAGGCAAGUGGUGACGCCGAGAGCCAUAUGUACCGCAGACGAUUUAUACAACCAUUCAUUGCCCAUCCUAGCGAGAUUAGAACAAGACAUCCCCGGUAUGAAAUUACGGUUAAUGGGUCUCCGGUGCACACAUCUCAUCAGCACCAAAAAACCCGAUGCUCGUGCUUUUUUUAGAUUAAGGCCUUUAACAACAUCCGCUAACAGUGUUGCGCCGGACGGAAUCGGCGAUCAAAAGAUAAGCGAGAUCGCUCAAGCAGACGAUCUCCCGCAUGACAUGUUGGAGGACAUCCCUCAUGACAAUAGCGCAUCCGGUAGCAACGGAGUAGACGAACUCCAGGGGUCGCAAAUGAACGAUCCUCGUCGCUAUGAGAAGGGCGUUGUUCCUAUUCCUAAGAGACCGGCGCCAGCCGAGGAGCCAGCGGAAUGGUGGGAUUGCCCUGUCUGCAACCGGCCGCAACCAACCGACGAGCGUCUGUUUAACGAUCAUAUUGACUUAUGUCUUUCAAGGCAGACGAUACGGGACACGGUCCAGCGAGACCAUGUACGUAGUUCAACGUCUACAAGUGACACGCCAGUUCCCAAACGGUUGAAGAGCGGUGGUGAGAAGAAGCGGAGCCGGUCAUCAGCCUCAAUCGACCCGAGACAGACGAAACUAUUCUUUGGUUGA